AUGUUUUCAAGCGGCAGCAAGGCAAAGUUCUCAUUUGAUCUCACGAUCCACGACUUGGCCAACGUGCCGGAAAUUGGUGGGUCUUGCUACAUUGAAAUCCAGAUUAAAGAUAGCAGAAAUAGCAAGAAACAUAGCAAGAAUAAAGUUCCCGAUGUCGAAACAGCUCUGAAGCUUACAAAGAAGGCCGGCUCGUCCGUAAAUAGUCCGAGGACUUUUUUUAGCAAAUUGGACGAUGCUCUUUUACCUUCAAAGUCAAAUGACAAAAAGAAUGACAAGCUGGGCACGGCAGUGAGCAAUGGGAGUGGCAAUGGAUCUGGUAAUGGUUCUGGUUCUGGCAGUGGCAGCGGUAAUACAUCAUUGCUGGGCAACGUGUCCACCACCACCUCAAGAAAGAAGCUCCACAAUUUCAAAUGCAACUUCAACUACAACUUAUCGUGCAACUUGCGGUUCGGGCUCAGUAAAAAGAAGGCCAAUUUGAUAUCAAACAAGUACCUCAUCUUCAAGGUCUUCUACGUUGUCGACAGCAAAAGCGGCGACAUUGACGCCACGGGCCAGUCCCUGCUUAUACCCUUGGGCCGAUUGGUCAUCAACUUGACCGAGUACCUCAAUUUCCAAGAACCGGUCAACACAAAGUACUUGCUUGAAGACUCCAAAGUCAACUCCAUCUUGAACAUCACCUUGGCCUUGCUGGAAUUGCCUUCAAACUUUGACUUUCACACGCAAUUGCAGAUCCAAGAUAACAAUAGCAGCCACCUAUCUGCAUCGCAGGCCUCUUUAGACAACAAGCAGCAUUUGAAAAAGAGCAACACGUUCAACAUCCCCGAGCUCGAACGCAAGCACGUGUUUACAGGCAUCAACAAUGUGUUUGGUGAUAAUUCCACUCAGUUCCCCAGUGACCACCCACAAUACUACGAAGGACGCAACCAGAGACAAACUUCGCCGGGCUCACCACCAAUGUCACCCGCUGAAGAAGCAUUACCACCACCACCACCACCACCACAUUCCCCCUCUGAUAAGCACUCGCAUCGUCGCAUUUUCAGCCAUCACAACCACGAUAACCACGGCAACCACGGCAACUGGUCAGCACGGCUGUCGGUGUCAUCGGGCGCCUCGCAAUCUCCACGCGAACGUUCGCUCGAUGAAAUCGCCAACUUGGACAACGAUGCCCUCCUCCAAUACGUGGCCAAGGGCAAUGACAGCUCGAGUGCAGUCAACAUGGGCAACAACCUGCCCAAUGCCGAACCCGACAAACUGGGCCGUGCCCAAGGUAACGUCUUCAGCAACAAUAAACGAAUCAUAAUGGACCCCAUUGUCAGCUUGUUGUAUGCCAAGAUUUUGGAAAGCAAUUGGGACCCAGAACUUUACCCGUUGUUGGACUACUCGCCCGAUCAGUGCAUAAAUGAUAUCUUCGACAAUCCCGAGAACCCGAAUGGAUGCAACUUGAAACUCAAGUCGUAUUACGACGAGCAUCACCUCAAGGGCAAGGAUAAAGAUGAGAGUUUUAGAGAGUUGAAUGGGUUGAUCAGUGAGGUGAAGUAUCGACCCGAUUUGAAGAGCUGGAAAAUCUCGGAGGAAUCGUUGAAGAAAAAGUUAGUCUAG